AAACAAGCUGACUCAACUAUUAAGACCUUAAAGUGUACAUCACAGGUCAGCUAAAUUCUAGCUUCAUGGACCUGCAAUAUUAGAGUUGAAAUAAGUCAAGAGAGAUGGACUUCUAUACCCUGCUCCCCCCAGAGAUAGCCCUUGUGAUAGCCCUUCACCUGGACCUGGGAAGCAUUGCCUGCUGUCUGCUAGUAUGUAGGCAAUGGAACAAUGUACUGAGUAGCCUCGAGCCAUACUGGAGGCAAGCAUGUACUAAACUGGGCCUCUCAGACAACCUUAUGGAGCACCUAGUUGAUCGAUAUGACAGCACAAAGAGAGUUGCAUUUGCAGCUGACAGACAACGAAGGAUACUAUUGGAGUCUCCUUAUGUUUCUACCAGUGUUACUGCAGGGUACCCGUACAACGUACAUUAUGUGUGCAACUCGGUCAAGGACAACAUACUAGUUGGUACAGUGUAUAAAGACUUCAAGCCGUGUGGAAUUGUGAUCAAAGCGAUCGGGCGAACGUCUGUCAGUAAAACUGUCAUUAAUCCAAAGUUUUCUAUGAUAGCUGAAAACAGAACUUACUGGACUCGUAUAGUGUCCAAUACUCUUGUUCAUGUAACUGCAAGUGGCUUGUGGAGCAUCUAUGAUCUCAAUCGUAAUGGAGUCCUGCUUGUGCAGUGGAGAGGAGCUGCCAUUUUCGACUCUGAAGUAAAGAUCGCAAUUUGCGAGACUUGUCACAGCAUUUGCACAGCCAAACUUGUCAGUAGUCAUUCUUUACCUGCAUAUUGGGACCUGCGUGUAAUUUCACCGAGUACGAACAUUGAUGCACAAAACAGUCAACCCACAACUCUGAGAUUCAAAGUUGAAGCAGAGACACAUUGCUCAAGAGUGAAACAGACAACAAAAUAUAAGAAAUCAGUUCUCAUUUUUCCUCUGACCACUCGGACAAACUCAAGAGGAGCUUGCACACAACACUCUGUUUUGCUGCAAUGUGGAAGAACUGUCUAUAGUUACAAAUUGUUUGGAGAUGAUCAAGACUCGAAUAGUGAUAAACUGUCGUACUCACCAAAGUACAACUUGUCAGUAAACGUUGAAACUGAUGCAGUACAGCACAAGAACUGCGGCUUGAGUACUGAGAUAGUUUUAUCUAAAAACCAGGAGCUGCUUGGAAUGGUGUUUCAAUCGCAGCUAAUCAUUUGGGAGAAAAGAACUUCAAAGUUACUGAGUGUGGCUGAUAUUGAACUGGAGACAUACGCCCAUGAACAAAUACAGCUGGUAGCGCUGGGUAGAGUGUACUCGCUUAUCGGCCUAGAGUUUGCCACAUCUCUACUCGUUAUUGUAACAAGUACUGGUCAAAUUGUUCGUGAAUUCUCCGACUUUGCCGAGCGUCACAUCCCUCUUGUACCACCAUACAUUGAAUAUCUUGGGGCCCUCCAGGACAGCUGGUUAUCUGAUGUGACGCAUACACCCACCUCCGCACUACCCACCCUCGUGUAUUGGAACAAGACCAACAGAACAGUCGAGGGAAUAUCGUUUGGUCGAGAUUCUGAGGGGAGAGUUGGUGAAGAGAUUGUGUCUACUCAACGAAGAGCAUGGUGGAAGUUUUGGUGAACUGUGAUUCUGUUGUUAUUAUGUGUGUGUAUGGGAAUUAAACCAGUUGUUGUGGUCUGUUACAUCAUAUUGUCGAUCAUGCAUAUAUCUAAUUAUACAUUCUGAUCGUGGUAUAUGUACUGUGAGAUAAUGUUCUAUAUAUAGCUC